AAACAACAUUCCCCGGUCAAGCGAGCGGCGUUUCCCUCGCUCCUACGGGAUAAAAACCCCGGCCGGACCGAGAGCCGGGCUCUGCCAUGUCCACGCAGGUUUUAUGUCGCUGGGACGCUGAUCCCACGGUUUCACUUUCCAGGAGGAAAAGAUCCGGCUGCCAGCGAGGAAAUAAAUCCAAAGCGACUUUUCUUGGGGCUCCUGUGGAUAAACCACCCCGAUUUCCUCCGUCCAGCGGCUGCCAGCUGGAGGCGGCUGGACUACGUGAACCAUGCCAGGAGGCUGGCAGAGGACGACUGGGCAGGGGUGGAGAGCGAGGACAAAGAGGGGGAAGAUGAGGAAGAGGAGAUGGACGUGGAUGCUGGCAAGAAGUUGCCCAAGCGCUACGCCAACCAGCUGAUGCUGUCAGAAUGGCUGGUCGAUGUCCCCUUGGAUCUGGAGCAGGAGUGGGUUGUAGUGGUGUGUCCUGUCGGGAAAAGGGCGCUAGUUGUGGCGUCCAGGGGCACAACAGCAGCUUACACCAAAAGCGGCUUCUGUGUCAACAGGUUCCCAUCCCUGCUGCCGGGGGGGAACCGGCACAAUUCAAGCGAGAAAGUGUACUGUAUCUUGGACUGCAUCUACAACGAGGCAAAGCAGACGUACUAUAUCCUUGAUGUGAUGUGCUGGAGAGGACACCCUGUUUAUGACUGCCAGACUGACUUCAGAUUCUUCUGGCUUUACUCAAAGAUCCAAGAGGAGGAAGGGCUGGGAGAGAAAAGCAGGAUUAAUCCAUUCAAAUUUGUGGGCCUGCAGAACUUCCCCUGCUCCUCGGACAGUCUGUGUAAGGUACUGGCUAUGGACUUCCCCUUCGAGGUUGACGGACUUCUCUUCUAUCACAAGAAAACCCACUAUACCCCUGGCAGCACCCCGCUGGUGGGCUGGCUCCGGCCUUACAUGGUACCCGAAAUCCUCGGGUUCGCCGUGCCUGCGACCGUGCUCACUGCCAAACCAGACUACGCUGGGCGUCAGCUUCAGCAGAUCAUUGAGAGCAAGAAGAGUAAAAAGCUGGCAGCAGAAAAGGGUCACUCGAGCAGCACGGCGGCUGCGAGGAAUGGACAUUACGAGCUGGAACACUUGUCUACCCCUCAGCCAGCAAACUCUCUGGAGGACCAGGAUGAAGCAGUGAGCCAGAUGGAGAAUUAGGCUGCUGGGACAGACUGGUUGGGUAAGGAGAAAGCAGAAGGUUCCCCACUUCUCACUCACUCAUGCUCCCUGAGAUGGGAGCAAAGGUUAUAAAAUAGGAUGAUUUUGUUCAAAGGGCAACGGAAGUUGAAUAUUUUACUCCAAGUGCUGCUGGAUUUUUUUUUUUUUUUUUUUUUUUUUUUAU